GUACCAGCUGAUGGAAUUAGUUCGUUGUGAGUAUCAUUCGGUGGGGUGGACCGCCUGGGGGAAUAUCAGUGGCGGAACAGGUGCAAUUAUGACUUACCAGGAUCUACCUGUCAAAGAGCUGCUACCACCAUCAGCAAGCAGCAAAAACAAGAAUGUUCUGUCAUAUGAUAAUAUUGAAUUUGAGGAAGAUGCUGGAUCUGUUCAAGAAAAUUUUAACAAUUUUUAUGCAAAGGCCGACAAAAUACCAAAAGUUGCCCCGACAUUUCAAGAAUUGCCACAGUUAAGUGAUGGUCUGUCAAGCUUCAACACUAUAAGCAUUGAUCAACUUAGAAAAAGGGUAAUGGAAUUUAAAAACAAGUCAACAGCGGAUGAUAUUUGUAAUGUUAAGUUUUUGAAAACGGCUUUUUGUGUACUCGGAUACCCUUUGCGUCACUUGAUCAAUGCAUCCCUUACAACAGGAAAAGUUCCAAAAGCAAUAAAAGCUAGUGUUAUAGUGCCUAUUCCAAAAGUGUCCACACCAAAUAAACCAUCACAAUACCGACCCAUUAACUUGUUAUCAGUGAUAGACAAAAUCUUGGAAACCGUGGUUGGUUGUUUUAACUUUAUAAAUGGGCAGCUGCCUAACUCGUCAGAAAAGGCUAAUGGACAUGGCGACUAG